AAUGUUCACCAUCAUCAUCAGCUCCUAAAACCCUACACCCAGGCAGGCACAUACAUAUCUGAACUGGCUAAAACCCUACCCGUCAUAUGCUCACUUCAUUUUGUGCAAAACCCACAAACACCUCCCCCCGCCCCCCCCAAAAAAAAAAAAUUCAAUCUUGACAUGAAAAUUCAGUCCCCCCAGUUGAUCAGAACAUGAUAAAAAGGAGACCUUUUUGUCACGCUCUGUACUUCAAACCCAAAAAAGGGACAAUCACUUCAACCUGUGCUGUCUCUUUAGACCCCCAUCCAAUCCCAAAUGACCACACGUCCCUUUGCCAAUCCUUAGUUCAUGACCUUCUUCGCCGCGGUCUGUUGUCCUCUGCACAGCAAGUUGUUCAGAGAUUCAUUGCCAGCUCUCCAACAGUCCAUGAUGCAAUCUCCGCUGUUGAGUUUGCCUCCGCGAGUGGCAUGGACCUUGGCCCUGGAAUUCCUGGUGAGCUUAUUAGGAAAUUGGUUGACUUGGGUCAUCCUUUAUCGGCGCAUGAGUUUUAUCAUGAUCGUGUGGUUGCUAGAGGUAUUGAGCCGGACUCGAAUAUUGUUAAUUCUCUGGUUAUUUGUUUGGCUAAGUUAGGGAAAUUAGAUGAUGCCGUAACGCUUUUUGAUAGACAUAUUGGUAGUGGUGAUUGUGUGGUUAGUAAUGCUGCUUGUAGCACGAUUCUUAGAGGGUUUUACGAGCAAGAUAAGUUUGUGGAGGCAUUUGAUUAUUUUGUUAGGAUCAGUGAUGCUAAUGUGAAAUUGGGUAUGUGGGCUUACAAUGUUUUGAUUGAUGGAUUGUGUCAACAAGGGUACGUGGGUGAAGCGAUAGAAGUGUUAGAUAUAAUGUGCAGAAUAACUGGGUUGCCGCCUACUCUGCAUAUGCUCAAGACAUUAUUUUAUGGGCUUUGCAAGAGAGGGUGGUCCAUCGAGGCAGAGUGGAUUUUUGAAGAGAUGGAGGCACAAGGUUUCUUUGUGGAUAAGGUGAUGUAUACUUCGCUGAUGAAUGCUUAUGGUAAGGAUAAGAAGAUGAAGAUGGCAAUGAGGGUUUAUUUUAGGAUGCUGAAGAAUGGUUAUGACCCGGAUAUUUGUACUUGUAAUACUUUGAUUUAUGGAUUUUCAAAGAUGGGUUUGUUUGAUAAAGCGUGGGUGUUGUACAACCUGAUGAAUGACCUGGGGCUUCAGCCUAAUGAGGUCACUUAUAGUAUAAUGAUUCAUAAUUAUUGCAAGAAAGGGAAGUUGGAUUGUGCUAUGUCGCUUUUGAAUAGCAUGGCUCCCUGCAAUUUGACUCCUUGUGUGCAUUGUUAUACGCCUAUAAUGGUCACUCUUUAUAAGCUGAAUAGGUGUUUGGAAGUUGAUGAAUGGUGUGAAAGAAUGCUGGAAAGUGGAAUUGUUCCGGACCAUGUUCUGUUUUUUGUACUCAUGAAGAAUAAGCCUAAGGGGCUUGGGUUUGAGCUUCAACUCUGUUUGUUGAUGUUGCAGGCAAUUGCCAAGAACGGGUGUGGGUUGGACUGUUCUUCACUCUCAAAUUCUGAUAAGAUAAAUUCCACUCUGGCUUUGGAGCAAGAAAUUGAGCUACUUCUGAGAGAAAUUGCAAGACGUGACUUGAAUCUAUGUAAUGUGGCUGGUGGUAUCUAUGUUAGUGCCUUGUGUGAAGGUGGAAAGACAGAAGCUGCAUUGGAUUGCUUGGAAAAUAUGGUAAAUGCAGGAUGUGUUCCUUUGCUUUUCACUUUCAAUUCUCUGAUCAAACGUCUAUUCCAGGACGGGCUUUCCGAGGAUGUCAAGUCUCUGAUUGAAAUUAUGCAAAACUGGGGCAUAUCUCCAAACUUGGAAACUUAUCUGAUAAUGGUAAAUCAAUACUGUAAACAAGAGGAUCUGGCAUUGGCUUUUGGUAUGUUGGAGCAGAUGGAGGAAAUGGGUCUGAAACCUAAUGUAGCUAUCUAUGACUGCAUUAUUGCUUGUCUAAGCCAACAGAGGAGAAUCUCUGAAGCCGAAACUCUUUUCUGCAGGAUGCUUGAGAAUGGUGUGGAUCCUGAUGAAGUUGCCUAUAUGACAAUGAUCAAUGCUUAUGCUAGGAAUGGAAAAGGUGUUAAAGCCCUUCAUUUGUUUGAGAUGAUGAUAAAGAAUGCCAUUCAGCCAAGUUCUUAUUCUGACACUGCACUGGUAGCGGGUUAGUGAAGAGAAAAAAUGACUAUUGAGGGGUGCGUUUAUCUUGAAAAAAUGUUGGCAGAGGGUUUUGUGCCAAAUAUUGUCUUGUAUACCUUUUUACAAAUCAUUUUUCGAAGAUGGGAGAGUUUAAAUAUGCCUUCAGACUAAGUGAUUUGAUGUUUAGAAGUCAGAUCGAAGCUGACCCUGUCUUG